AUGUCCAAGGUUGAGAACAACGAGACAAACUUCCUUGGCACCGGCGAGAGGAUCGAGAUGAUAACCGCCUGCGCCGUGUCCCACGACCGGAGCUUGAUGGCGGCGGCGGAGAAAUGCAGCAACGAAGCCAGGAUUUCGAUCUAUGACAUGAAGUCGGGUUCGACGAGCCCGAUGAAAACGAUGAAGCCAUUGAGCGGCGCGCUGGGCAGCACCCGCUUCGUGGGGCUGGCCUUCUCGGCAGUGUCCCAGGAAGGCGGAACGCCCCGUUACCUCUGCGCUGUGACUGCUGGUGCAGAGGCCACCCUAGUAUUGAUCAAUUGGGAGUCAGAGAAGAUCCUUGCGAAGUGCAAGCUUCCUGGGAACGUGGACCGAGUAGCUUUCCCUUUCCAGCAUGAUCGAACUGACGUCACUGUGUCCGGGCCGCACUUGCUUCGGCUGCUGCAGAUCCGGCAUGCCAAGGGCGAGGUUUCUCUGAAAGUAAUGCCUGCUUUUUCGGGGCUGGCGGAGAAAGCCCAGAAGAUUGUGGACCAUUCCUGGCUGGAGGCCAGCCGAGGGCUGCUUGGCCUCUGCGUGCACGAGGGGGCCGUCCACAUCCUCAGCGCGGACGAGCUCAUUGUGCUGCGGACCAUCGACAGUGCCUUUGGGCCCGAAGGAGACCUCGAAGAAGUGCUUCCGUUAUGCAUACGCUCCUUCACUCAGGGCUUCCUCGUUGGCGGCUCCUAUGGAUACUUAGCUAUCUGGGAGGAGGCUGAUGAUGACGCCGCUUUCACUAGCGUUGAGAAGUCAGAGGACUCAGAUGGCGGCCGCCGCACUGAUGAGUACAAGCUUGUGGUGGCCUCGAAAAUUCGGCCCGAGCCGGACUCCGUUUGCUCCAUAGACAUCACACCCAGCGAGGAACUCCUUCUGCUGGGCUUUGGGGAUGCGGCCAUGGGAAUUUUGCCCAUGGGGUCCGUUUACGGCAACGAGGAGGAGCAGAUUUCUAUCAACAUCACCGGGAAUCACUCCGCCGCCAUCACUGCCGUGGACAUGGCGGUGCAUCGUCCACGGGUGGUUACCGUCUGCAAGGGCGACAGUUCUCUGCGUGUUUGGAACUGGGCAUCGCGGACAUGCGAGAUCCGUUCCACCUUCGGAGGGGAUCCACCAACCUCUGUUGCUUUGCACCCGUUUGGCUACUACAUGGCGGUUAGCUUUGCUGAGAAAGUGCGGUUCUACCACAUACUCAUCAAGGACAUCAAGCUACACAAGGAGAUAAACCUCAGAGCUGUUGGGCUUCUGAAGUUCGCGCAUGGCGGACACUUGCUGGCAGUGACGCAAGGCAAAUUGAUCCAUAUCUUCUCGGUGCGAACCCUGGAGAAGAUCACAACGCUGCAAGGCCACAGCAAGGAGAUCACUUGCCUCAGCUUCGACCAAGAGGACCACGCGUUGUGGAGCACCUCGCAGGAUGGAAAGCUGUUACAGUGGAAUGUUGCAACCUUCCGCAGCGAGUGCAACCACUUCGAAUCGGGGACGGAGCGCUUGGCUGUGAGCGCCAUUGCUCCGGACCAGGUGACUUCCAGCGCAUUUCGGAACGGCAAGCAGCUGCUGCAGAGGUUCUCCCAAAGCAGUUUGGAGUAUGAGGUAGAGCUGGCCUCAAACGUGAAGGUCGUGACGCUCUACCACCACCAUGGCAACUCCGUCUUCCUCGCUGGCACAGCGAAAGGGGGCUUGCAGGUAUAUACCUCCCUCCCCUACCAGGGGCCUCCAAAGUUCUUUGAGCUGGCUUUGCACGGUAUGGCCUGCACAGCCCUUUGCGUGUCUGUCGAUGGGCGAACGUUGGUUAGCUGCGGUGCUGAUGGGGUGAUCUUCGUGCUGGGGUUGUCGGGCCUCAGCAGCCCAGAGGAGUUGAACAUGCUUCCCAUGGCUUUGCAUCAAACCGACAACGACCGCUUCGCUCAAGAUGCCGAGGCUGUGCUGGCCUCGAAGCAAGAGAUCCAGAAGCUGGAGAACAAAUGUCAGGCAUUGACGGCGGAGUUUGUCGCCAUUAAGGAAACCCGGGAGCGAGAGUUCGCUCUGCACGAGGAGGAUAUCACCAAGAAUUAUGCCAUGAUUCCCGAUAUGCAGAAGGAUCAAGCGCAGAUCCAGGAGCUUCAGCGGCGCCUUGCUGCUUUGGAGCAGGCCGCACAAGCCAAAGACCUUGAAGGCCAGCGACUCAUGCGCGACAUGGAGAUGCGCCAUGGAGAGGCCUUGGACCAGCUCACAAAUCUCUACCAUCGCAAGCUGGGUCACGAGUCAGAUCGGCUUCUGUCGCUUCGGAUCCCUGGCUUUGUUUGGAGGGUCGGGUUGCCAGGCUCAUUUGACAGACUUUUGUAG